AUGAGAUGGAUCAGAAACUUGUCAAGAAAAAAAGAACAAGGGGAUGGACAAAGCCUCCUGAAGAGAGGGCUUUUCAUGAUGCUGGACCACCAAGAGAGACGUACAGAAUGGGAUGCAUUCCUUCAAUCUAUCCAACUUCAUGUAAGCAAAUGGGCUUCUCAUGCCCUUCCCGUGUGUGACUUCAGAGAAGCCAGUCUAACCCGGAAAUACAACUAUCAUAAAGAUGGCACCCCAAAGUUUCAUGCUUUCCCCCAGGGCUUCUAGAUUUCUGACUUGGUUACGAAGAAUUCUCCUUCCCAAGAUUGUACCCUGCUUGCUCAGCACUUCAACUAUGUCAGGGUCAAUAUUUCUACUGUUCACUUGGCAAUGCCUCAUGGUCAUGGUAUUGUGGCCACCGCUUCAGCCAUCACUUCUACCAUCGCUUCUUCAUUCAAAGCUGAAAGACGGGAAACAGUCUUUCUAAUUUUGCAGGCCAGAACAACAUAUCUCUCUCAGGUCCCAGAUGGGCCACAAGAAGUCGUGCUGCUUGCUGACUUGACUUAUGGAUUUUGGACUUCCGGCCACUACGUUCAACUCCAUGACUGCAGUGAGAGGAGUAGUGGAUCCCAGGAGCACAGAAACCAAGCUCUUCCCUGCUGCUGGCAAGAGCAUUGGGGUCCCACCACUUUCUCCAGACCUCCCAUUGACUCCAUUUCACAACCCCUUUCAUUGUUGCAAGCACCAACCCAGCAAGUCCAGGUGCUAAGGCUCCAGUCCCAACCAACACUUCUACAUGAGGAAAUACUGCAAGUCAGAACGAUGAUAAAGACCAGAGAGAGAUUUUUCUACCUCUUUAAGUUUUCACAACCUGAAGUUGGGAAGAGCACGUUCUGCUGCAUUGUCCCGCUGACGUGUGACAUCUCCUCUAUGACUAAGAAUGGAGUCCACAAUUGGCUGAGGAAAAGUUAUGUAAAUUCACAGUCUCAGUGA